AUGACGGUUGAAUUAAACUCAUUUUCUACGCCGGCGAUACAGGUCGGACUACAUCAGCAACCGUAUUUGCGAGACGUAAUGGAAAAGUUCGCCGAGUUUGUGUCGUCUAUCGGUCAGAAUGCGCGUUCAUCUUCUUAUAUGUCUUCAAGUGGGGCAAUUCCACGGGGAACUGGUUCUCCCAACGUCCCUCCGGUGAGCUACGCGAGUUGCGAUUUAGCGAGACAACACGCUCUUCCGUUGAGUACACCAUCCCAACCAGGUAAUUAUUUAUUUGACUUCUAUAAUGACUCUACCUUUUGUCCAAAAAUAAUCGCAAUUGAGAGAAUCAACCUUAAUUGAUUUUAAUAUGAAGUUAAUGAGUUGUUCUUCACUUGUAAUUGCAUUUUGUCCAUUUAAACUGCUUUGACAUGUAGUGUUCCAAUUACUAACUCGUGCAGGCAAGUACUCGCCUCCAGUUGGAAGCCCGACGCAGCUUUCACCGAGUCCUCAAUCCUGCAUGGAGAUGGAGAGCGGCAGUAACGAGUCUACCUCGAAGCGUAAAAAGCGUCGGAACCGAACCACAUUCACAUCAUUUCAACUUGAGGAAAUGGAGCGAAUUUUUCAGAAAACGCACUAUCCUGAUGUUUACACACGGGAGCAGUUGGCGCUACGAUGCGACUUGACGGAAGCACGCGUACAGGUAAACAGUUUGUUGAUAAAAACCAUCCCAUGUUUCACUUCUGUAUCAUUUUCUUAUUACCAUUAAGAAAACGUCGUUAAACUUUUCAAGCAUUUUACAGAUGAUGUACGGCCACUUUACACAACCUGUUAUACUAAUUCAAUUAGUCGUUGUUACUAUGCGAUAACGAAAAGAGAUUACACAAGUUAGCUUGGUCAGACCAACUGUAUUUCUUUGAUUUUCAUUGCGUUAAUUUAUAAAUUACUGAUCACCUAGCGAAAGGUGCUGUUAAGUAAGUAGUCAUUAAGGUCUAAAUUCAGCGAAUGUAUCAAGUCGUUUUGGGGCCCGAUCAUUUGGGUUUAGCACAAGCAAUAGUGCAGUUUUUUAAACCAAUAGGUAGACUAGUGAAAAUAAGUAACUAAUUCGUUCUUAGUGGUAUAUCUUCCUUUACGUUACUUUACUCUACUAUCGAAGGUAAGUUUGUUUAAGGUCAAUGAAUCAUUUUCUUGUGAGCUAGGGUUUGUAGCUGAUACUUACUGUGAUGCAUGAAACAUCUAUUCGUGAACGCGAGGUAUGGUCUGAGAGAGGGUUUCGUUUUUGUGGGAAAUAUCUGUAACGGCAGUCGCCUACAAAUUAUGCCGAUGUGGAACAGAGUACGCAAACACAGAAAUACUAGAUCUCAUUCUCACGAGCAUUAAAACGUCUUGUAACCGAUUAUUUCAAGUAAGAGAGGCUCUUGCAGUUUAUAAUGAGAACUUCAAAGGAGUUGUGGUUGGAGCGGUCUACUUUGAGCUAAACACGUACAAGUACUUGCCUAGAGAUGUGGUCUAAAAUGAUAUAUCGCAGCCCCCAACAAAGGGUUGUUUUUGCUAAAGAUGCUGUAAAUUAGCGGAUGAUGGGUCUAACCACAUGGAAAACGCCAUCAAAAAUUUGGUUUUAUCACAGGAAGGUAAUCUUGCAACACAUGGAUGUUUAACGAUGGACAGAAUUCGUGUCGGGAAAUGAAACGUCACUCGUGCAAAUUAACAGUCUGCUACGCAUUCUUAUUUUUUAUCAUCUUGAGCCAUGAAUUGACAGAAAUAUAUUCUUGCAGUUUAAACUAUAAGUCAUUUUUUCACUGCUAGAAACGAUUUAACUUCCGUAAGACCGGCCUCCAGUGAUUGUCCUUACAUGGAUCCUCUGAGAAAAGGGAUUUCAGCUUUCAAUCAUUAAUUGUCUGCAGAGCUAUAUAUUUUAAUUUCACAUCUUUAGUGUUUGCUUGAGCAGCUUAUUUCCUUUCUUUCUUUCUUACUUACUUUUUUCUAUUUAAAACAGAUUUUUAAACAAUCACUAGGUGGAAAAACAUGUGUCUCACCUAAAUUCUAUCAGAGCUUAAUUUUAAGGCGGAAUAAAUUAUUUAAAAGAAAACAGAAUUUUGUACGUUACUCAAGAAAAUGAAAUAAACUGAACCAGAAAAAUAGUGAUAGUAAUCGAAAGAUCUCCGAACGAAAAUUACACUUUGGGAGAGAAGGAAUCAAAAGAACAUUUUUGUGAAAGUGCGGCAGUCUAGAUGUUUCUCUGCCGCGUCUGAGCAAGUGUAUAAUUAGUGCCCCUUGCACAAAGGAUAAUGGGGAAAUCUUUGCAGCGAAAAGUCACGCUAAAGUUGUUAUCAAAGUCUCCUCUUUCAUCGGUCAUUAGGAAAAAAACUUUGCUCCAUUUAACUCUCAGCGUUGGUCCAAGGGGCAGCUCAAGCUUCAUAAUCUUAAAGCAAUCCUUGCACGAUUCCAGGCACGCGAAUAAAGGCUAAACUUUGAUACUACAGAGUUAUAGAUACACUACUACAAUAGCCAAGUCAAUUCCUUCCCUUUACGUGCAAUUGGUCAACUUUAAUUUUGGUUUUUAUAUCACCAAGUAACUUCUUGAAUUAAAUAGACGCGGAACUAAGCGUAAAUUUAUUUGGUGCAAGUGCAUUUUGAUUGUUGUGGAAUUUUUAUAAGCGGUGAUUUAGAGGAUCUGAAGAAGGGCGUGAGCAACUGCUUGGUUUAUGUCUUUUGCAUAAUGGCAGCUUCAGUGUCUUUGUGGCAGGCGUUUCCGUAAAUGGGCUUUUUUACGCCAUUUGGGAUACUGGCUUAUCGGAAAGCUGUAUUGCGCCCGUUUACGGAACAUUUGUUACUAGCGCUUGUUAUGUCCAAUUUUCGAUACCCUCGAUUCUUACUUUGUUAAUCGCUUAUCUAACCCUUGAUCGUGAAGUGUUUGUCCUAUCAAUACUUCGAUGUGUAUCGCUAGUUGUGAAUGAUGAUUGAGCUGUCAUACUCGUAUUAAACUUGCAAAAAUACUUAUCUCUCGCUGAACAGAACAUGUAAACUUUACUAUUUUAAAACCGAUUUUAUCUAUCUCGACUUGCGCGUAGAAAAUUACAUCAAAACUUUGAUUCUGAAAUGUCGUGCAUUUAUUUUUUGCAAAAAAUGUGUCGGCAACUUCAAAGGAAACCUGAUAAAUUUUGAUCGGGGUAACAUUGGACAGUCUGUGUUUCGUCUGUUUAUUUGUUCUUCAAAAGUAAAUUGUAAACUUGUUAUGCUGGACCGCUAAAUGAUUUUAUAUCUUUUCGUAAUUAAAUCUUUUGUUUAGACAAUUUUCACUUCUAACGUCAACAAAUAAAGGGAACUUGUUAUGUUUAAAAGUCGCAGCAGACGGCAUUCAGGAGUGCCUUUAACGUAUCACUUUCUCCUUCUUAUCGAGGGAACUAGAGAAAAGUUGACAGCCAAAUAUUAAUAGCGGCUAUUGAGACAUAUUUGCUUAUCCUCUUAAUUCUGACUAAAUAUUUCAUAUUUUUUUAACCGGUCAAGGUUAGUACCGUGAAAAGGGAUGAACAGUAUCGGACAAGCGCGUGUUUUUAGCGUUCUUUCUUGACAUAUGUCGGAAAGUGACACCGGAAGCUUGAAUGUGUGUUGUCUGGUUCUGUGAUUUGCCGAACCACGCAAUAAUUUAUCUCCUUGUCUGCUAAGCUUUGCAUAAAUCUUACACUUAAUUUUUGAUAAGUUAUAUCAAGGACUUACUCAGGCUAUAUUUUUCUGUAGUUUUAUUUGAUAGCAAAAAAUGGUGAUUACUUUAUUCACCACGCGUGGGCGAAACCUUCAACUAAGUUUCUUUCGUCCUUGCUUUUGCUUUCUCUGUAUUGUCUUGGAAAAUUUAAUGCAUAAAUGUUAAGUUUUUAGGGAUUAAGCUGAAAGUCCUUCUCGGAAAUAGUAUGCUGUCGUCGCCUCAUGCUAUUGUUGCUAAUAGAUCUUGGAUAUCCUGGGGGCCAACAACAUUUCUUUUAUUAGCUCAAUAAGCUUGUGAUCGCCAGUUCCUAAUGGGGAAUGGUAAUUGACGUAAUGUGGAUCUUUAUGGACGAUUUUUAUGUCAUAUAAUGCAAGUUAAACAAAAUAGAAAAGUUUUAAAAGUUAUUUGUAGAGUAAGUAGAUAUUGUGGGUGUGAUUUACCACGGGGCGGUCCAAGGAUAGAGGAACGCAAAUAUGUGUGGACUUCGAGGACUUAAUUCCCUUUUUCUUGUCACCUGUUACGUUCACGUAAAUAAUUUUAACAACUUUGAUAAACGCUUUAUAUACAGAAUCUUGUUUUUGCUGUGAAAAAAGCAGCGUUCGACUGCAUAAUACUGCUAAGAUUUCAAGCACAAACUAAAUGAAGGAGCAAUUCCUUAAACUGAAUAAAUGUAAAAGUAGGGUGAUCUAUUUCCCCUCAAAAGUCAAACCCUUCAAGAAGUCGUUAACCUGUUCCAUUGUACUCCUCUCGUGGCCUGCACUUAAAAGGCUCAUUUUACUUUAGAGUGUUAUAGGUGAUUCAAUGUGCUUUCAAGAGAAAACCUCUCUGCUGCAACAAGGGAGAUGUAUCUUGAUCCUGAUAAAGCAAAACCGGCUUCAACCCGCAACCACUUAUCUGCUUAUUGAAAAAACUGCAGGGCUUUUCCGUCGGCAAAGCUAGGGACUGAGUGGGGUUAAUCCCCUGUACGCUUUGUGUUCAACAACCCUCUUUGGGCGUGCACGCCUGGGGUGUGUGUCUGCAGAGAAUAUCUUUCUGGCCUGUUUCUCGUGACAAGAAAACCACGUUUUAUUUCAAAUAAGAAUACCCUUUGGUACAUAUUAAUUUUAGCCUAAAACGACUCAUUCAAACUGGACUAUUUUUCGAUUUAGCAGUGUUUGAUUUCUGGUACAUAUUAUUUUUCACGUUUAUAUUUGUUAAUUUAAACUGGGGAUCUUCUCAGAAAAGCCCAGUAGGGCUUGCUAAGGUCUCCUGCCAUAAAUGUAUCCAUGCCCUAAUUAAGCAUUGUUGUAUUGUAUUGUGAACGGCGUAAUUAAAAUACUCGCUCAGAAUGCAUCAAAAACACACACACCCACCCAAAAGCGUUAUCGUGUGUUCGACAGGUUGAGACAGAUAUAAACGGCAGAUUGCAAAUUUUGAGAAGAGUUAUAAGUUUCAUCAUUAUGGAACGAAUUUAUGAGUCUUUUUGUUGAAAGCCUAAAACAAACAAAAAAUACAUUCGCCAGUUAUAGAAUUUUAUAGAUCACCCGUAUAUAUUGUAAACAGGCGAGGCAACUCUGCAGGAUUCUUCGCGUUUGUAGAUAAUAAAGCAAAGAUAAGCGAAGUAAAUAAGCAAUGGGAGUGAUACACCUUUACUUUACCAGCAUUAGAACUUGUUUAAUUUCUUAAGUCGGCUGUAAAAAUCGAAAAUCGCUCAGUCUUGAGGUGAUAUUUUAUUCCAGUAGACAUUCGAACAGAAGCCUAAUGUGGACUAGUCAGGCAUGCGAGAAGAUAGGAGGUCAGAGAAUGAUAAAAUAGGCGGAAGUCUACUAGCGUUUUUUACCUUUCUUCGUUUUUCUUUGCGUUAUAUGCCAAGCAUUUGCCAUCAAUCUUUAUCAACAGUACGGUACUACGCCUGGGCAGGUCGUUGUUGAUUAAAAUAUCCUCACUACAAGGGCUACUUAGACUUUCAUUCAGAAAUCCAUAUUUACACAUGUUGACUGGCGUAUUCAAAUUGGAAAUUUAGCGGCUUUUUUACUUAAUAUUUCUGCAAAUGUAAACUUUUUCCAUUUUUUUAAAGCUUGGCUCCUUUUUCCUGGCUAUAGCCAUACACACUAAAAUGUUUAUGCUAAUUUCCCUGCGAUUGUUGUUGAAUCAUUCCACGUUUAAUUUGGAAUUCAGUAAAACUCUUUAAAACUUGCCUUUAGUUUAGAAUUUCCGACCAGUCUUAUGCAUUCUUCACCAGAGAAAAUUUAUAUAGUAUUUACAGGUAUAUAGUCAAAAGAAUUCCGUUUUUUUUAAUUGUUCUCCACAUUUAAACUUGCUAAAUUUACUGAACAUCAUGAUUGUAAGUUUUCAAGAAUGACCGCGUUUUUCUUAUAAUUAUCUACUCCACCGUUUUCACUAAAAAGCACUAAUAAACUGCUGAAGGUGUAGUUAACUUUAACUUUAAUUUGGGACAAUUUUGGCCUUGCAUGAUAUUUUUAGUUACGUGUUUAGCGAGUUAGAUGUUUGCAAUACAAACAAUCGUUCAUCGUUUGGGGUCCACUUUCAGUAGACAGAUUAACUUGACAUUCAGGAGAUAGCUGUUUUAGGAUCUAAGAAUUCGUCCACUAUAAAUCCGUAACUGUAAAUGGUUUUUCAGAAAAUAAACUGUGGGUGAAACAGAUAGUAAUAGUUUUAAUUUAGUCAGUAUCAACAAAGUUUUUCAUCUAGCGAUGAUGAAAUCUGUCAGACAAAUAAGGGAAUUUUUUAUUGUCAUUUUACGAUAAAAGGGUCUAAAAAACAGAAUACCGAUUUUGACCACAUCCAUGUAGUAAAGUAUCAGGAAGAAGGGUGUUGAGCCAGUUUGUCAGUAUCUGUUUAGGUAAUAGAUAGAAACACUAAGGCUGUAAAAAUUAGCUACUUCUUUUAUUAUUGAUACAUGCAGAUAAAUCCGUCGACCUUUAAAGUUCUGAAAACAUUUAUUUAAAAAAAAAUAUGUCCUUAAGAAGUAUAAUAAUUUUAAUCGACGAAGGAAUGUUAACAACGACUGGACUUUCUCUGUGUUUUUUCCUUCUCUGUAAAUAAUGACGAAACCCACGGACGGACAUAUGCACGAUGUCAAUCCCUCUCUGUUGUUUAGAAAUUAAAUCUGCUUAAAGAAAAUUUACAAUUACAGUUUAGGCAAGUUUGUCUCAUGUUGUUUCCCUGUGCGUAAAGAUAAAUUUUGGAAGAUUCCCUUAUUUCUUAUAAAAGGAAACUUCCAGGAGAAAAAAUGUAGGGAUUCAGUUACACCACUGAACAUUUUGUUCCAUCAAAUUCUGUGUUGUUGCCAAGGUCGCAAAAAAUUUCGUUUUGAAUCAGUGUGUUGUUUUAAUAAGAGAUCGACGUUUCUAUGAACAUAGAUGACGACACUUAACAAUGUUCUUUAUUGAUCCUUAGCUUAUUACUAAUUAACAGGAUUUUUUUUUGAACUGCACAUUAAACGUUUGUUUUAAUGAAAUCAAUGUUUGUUUAACUCUCUAUCUUCAAUGAGGUGUAACGCUUUAGGAACUUGACCAGAUUUUUAAAAUUGCUUCUUGAAGAAAAAUUAAUCUGAAAACAGCCGUGUAUGAACUCAUAGACUUCAAAGUAAAUAAUGGCAACAACGAAAAUUUGUUUUAGUACAGUCUAGUGUUCCCACGUGAGCACAUGGUAUAAUGGCAGCUAUAAUAGUGUUUCGCUUUUUUUAAAUUAUUUUCAAUUAGCGCAAAAAGUCUUGGGGAAAGUCUUGGGCCAGAAAAAAGCAAAAAAAAAAGAAAGCGACCUUAGAAAAUUCUGACAAUUCAGAUCAGUGUGUAAAAACGGUUGCAUAUGUGAACUUAGAUCCCCAGAAAGAAUGCAAACUUGUUAUCACAAGGAAGGUUGGCCUAUCAUAAAGUUGGCGCCGAGCCCAGGGUCAGAGAGGGAUAUGCGGUAAAUAAAGCUGGAAUUAUGGAUUAUUAAGGAGAUAUAAUCACAGUUUUCGACCUAAGAGGAUUAUUGAAAGUGACAAGAAAUAACGUCUGUUGCAUCCUAGCGUUUGUUGCAUUCUACGGGCUUUAAAUUUGCGUCAUUAAAAAUUGACAGGUAAAUUCACUGUUUUCCUCUGCUAUUUGCAAACUUUUAAAAUUUUCUUCUCUAGUAAACUGUUACUUGCCUUUUCAUUUUGUCUUUGUUUAAGCGAGACAGUCUGUAAUUUUAACAAAGAUCGAUAGCUACAUGUAACGUCAAGUUGACUGAAGAAAUGUUUUGCAAGUCACAAUAAUUCCGAGCGUGGAACGGUAGGAAAAUAGAGAGACAUUUUUCAAAGUUAGUUAAUUGUUUUUAACCGGACUGAGGACUGGCUAAAUGUGACCCCAAGACUACCAUCACAAUGAUGGAUUCGCAGAAUAGUGUUUUCUUAUAUAAAUAGUCACAUUUUGAAGUUGCAGACGUCGUAAGCACCAGAGUUACGUAAAUUUCGAUACAGACGGCGCAGAUCAUGCAAACGUGUGGGAAAAUGAACUUUUUUAGAAACAGUUAAAGUUGUCGCCCUGUUUCUGCCACACUUAGCACUGGAAUGUGCGUAAUAAAUAAUCACGGUUUCCUGCUAAACCAUGUUUAAUAGUAACCAACCAAACAAACAAAUAAAGAGGAAUCUAUUCCCGGCUCGUGUCAGUUAUUCUCGACUCAUUAGUCAACCUAUUUUAGCAGAUUGGAAUUAUUAGCUUUUGUAAAAACGUUGCUUGCCAGAAAUUUCUUAUCUAUUUCAAGAAAUAUUCAUAACAUAUAACACAAGAAAGUCAGACUAAAGACGGAUGUUUUCAAUACAGUAUGUCUCGUGCGGGUUGGAAGACUUUUUGGUAAAUAGCUGAUUGUUGGAUUGUUUGUAGGAAAUGUCUCUUUUAUAAAACCGUGAUAAAUACUGGUUAAGAAAGAACUAAACUCGGUACGUUAACGAUUUAUUCAUUGUGGAAAAUGUAGCCUAAAUUUGUCUACUUUUUCUUAUUAUCUCAAUUAUCCUAAGUGUUUUCUUUAGUUUUUUCUUAUUUUACCAUUAACACAUGUUUGAGGUUUCUUACUAUUUCAAAAUAUUGAUUUUAGACGUAUGUUUCAAAAUAUUGGCUUAAAUUAUCCUGACAGAGUUCCUUGAAAGUAAGAAUUACUCCGCAACAUACGGUGGAACCUCAAUAUAACGAAGGGUCAAGGAUUGGCAAAAUUUGUUCGGGAGUUGUCGUUAUAUCGAGGUUCUUUUCCCUAUAUUUUGCUCUUACUGAGGUACAGAUAAUCGUUUGUUACACCAAGGACUUCGUAAAAUACAGGUUCUUUAUAUCGAGGCUCUGCUGUAUUUGCAUGAAAAAAUGUGCUUUAUUGAAGUAUAUGUUUCAGUUUUCUGCUUUUAUAAUCAACACAGUGUCUUGCUCAUGUUCAUCAAUGAUUUGUCCUUGUAUGUUCCAAAAUCGGCUCUUAUUAAGUUAAUGCUUGACCUGACCUGUCUCUGGUGUUCAUGCAAUUUCCCACCUUUAGUUUACCAAGUAUACUUGGAUAUAGGAGUCACUUUUAGUUAUACUUCUGCCAGUGUAACUGUUUCUGAGUACAUUAUUGACUACUGACUUAGUGUAUGAAACGAAUUUUGCGUAGAUAACUUGGACGUGGAAGUCCCUUCAUUUCGUAAGUGAUUGUUUCUUCUACGUCUCUUGUAGAUGUUGGCAUGAGCGGUUCAACGUUGCGUUUUAAAUCACUGAAUACCUUCCAGCUCCACAGAAGUCGCUGGUUGAAUCUAAUACGCGUCUGCAUUGAGGCAAUAAAAUGGCCGAUUGAUUAGCUUUCCUCUUUGCGAGUUUCCAGAUUUACUGAAUUCUAAGCAGGAACACUUUACAAAAUGUCUCAAGGAAAUGACAAGCCUUCAGAUGCCAUAAUAUCUUGAUGGAGUCAAAAUGACGUCUUAUUUAUCGUCCAUCGAUUUAUUUCAUUGCAUUGCUAGUAUUAAGUUCUAGUAUUAAAUUGUUUUUGUCGCUUAUGCCAAGCGCACUUCUUCCUUUCCAACUUCCUUUCACUGUCAGACUCAAUGAUGGAGUCUCAUAGGGUGGUUCUAACUUUUGAGUCUGUGCUUGUGACCAUUCAAAUGAAAGCUACUGAGCAGUACUUUCCAGUGGUACUGUAUUUAUUAUGCUGUACAAAGUGGUUCUAACUUUUGAGUCUGUGGACGAAAUCCUAUCUUGUGACCAUUCAAAUGAAAGGUCUUUGCCAGUAUUUUCACAUGGCACUAUUUGUUUUUCAACGUUUCACAAAAUGAAAUUUGGAAAUUUUGCCGAAAUUUGAUUUUGGCCACUUUAGGCAUUGAUAAGGUUAAAUUGUGAAAUGUGAAUCACAAUGAGCUGGAUAUAUGGAAACUUCAUAAAACAAGAUUUCUUCGGCUCAGUUAUUUUUGUGGGCUGAUUAUAGGACAUGCUUUAUUUUUCAAUCAUUCUACGUACUUUCCAGCAAAAACAAACGUCAUUACUUUGUUUAUAAUCGGUUAUAGUUUCAUUUUAUGUUAUUGUUUGGGGUGGUUUUUCUUUUGUUACUUGCGGUUGCAUUCUUUCGAAUACUGUAAACAGUACCAUGUUUAAAAUGUGAAUGAAUAAGAAGUCCUUUCGUUUCUCAACUAUAUUUGCAGUCGAACGUAGUCCGCGCACAAAAAGGUUUAAACCUUUAAUUAAUAAAAUUUGUUCCAGGCGAAAAUAAACGUUACUCUAUUCUUUUCCAUAGCAUUAAUUGAAAACAUGAUACUUUAUAAAAUAUCUCAUUUUCUGUUCCAAGUUUGCUAGUGAACUUUGUAUCUCCAUUUUUCAGUUGCACUUAUUAAAAUCAUUGUUUUUGGCGGUUUUCCUUUCUACGGUUCUGAAGAGCCUGGAAUCGUUUUCCCAGCACAACCAAUAAUUGUUGAAUUCUCGAGAAAUGUGCUUUGAUGCAUUCUAAAUUGCGAAUCUUGUAAUAAUAGUUGUUUGCCAAAGUUUUUUUCUUUUAAUAGUAAAGAUAUAAAUUUUAUUUCGUCAGCGAGCAUGAAAUUGUUUUGUUCAUUCCUUAGUAUGUUAUAACGGAAUAGUGUACAGUUAAUCGUUGCAGUAAAGUGGCAGUAUCUUGUUUUUGUCCAGCAGUAACAGCGUCGAUUCGUUUAUAGACAAACGAAUUUGAAGUGUCACUGUGUAUUGGAAACACAUUGGUACUAAUCAAAUUAAUCGUGUCAUCGAGGCGGAGGAGACGGAAAAUACGGGAAACCAGAUUAUUAUAACCUUGAUUGGCUUCUCACCGUCCCCACUAUUGGAGGGCCUGCUGGGACCAGCUACAGGGAGCUGUUUAUAGAUUUUACAUCUCUUUCUGUAAAGACCUAUCAUACUCACUUGGUAUUUUCUUUGUUAGUAAUUAGGAAAUAUACCGACUGGAGUUUUGAUUUUCUCAGAAGACAUCACAAGGGGAACCACCUCAUAUUUACAGCUAAUGUGUGAUCCUUAAACAUAGAGUUAAGACGUCAAAAAAAUCAAAUUAAACUUUCAUUAUAUUACUCUUUAUAGCUGUUCUUUCCUGAGACGGCGAUUUCCCUUGAAUUGAAUGACCGCUAACUCUUAAUUUAGCGCCCUCAGAACGCCUAUAAUGUAGAAUAAAAACGAUGGUGGUGCGUAUUUUAUUUGCUUCUAAGUCGUGGUCAGAUGCAAGUUGUGUGUUUUUUGUGGUAUUAUAUCACACCGUAACAGACGUGCAUGAAAACAACCAUAACAUGCGUACUGUUGUUCGAAGCUGUCUUUGAAUUCUUAUCGCGCCACGUCGCAUGCUCGUAUUCGUAGAUAAUAACGUUAUUUUUGCUCUACAGCUAAACUGUUACGGAACAGACUGAAGCAACAAUCAAUGUGUAAUCUGCUUGUAGAAAAAAGGGAGACAGAGGGGCGCUUAUUAGAAGAGAGACGUAGUUGCAGUUUUAGUUUUAACAGUUUGAGUGGCCCGUUGUAUUCUCCUCCACCCUCCAACCCAACACCUUCCACUUCUUUGAGAAAGAAGAACACAUUAUCCCAGCCGAACUUCUUGUAAAGUUAUUCAAGUUGUUUUGUCUGCUUUAACCUUGAGAUUAUUUUUCGUUGAAAGGGAUGCGCAGAUAAGUUUUAAUACCCUUGAUUGGAUUUUCUUUUCGAGAAGGAUUAUUUUCAAGAUUGUAGCGCCGUUAUGAAGAAUUUUAUGAGUAUUAUACAUUGAAGAUUUAUAACCAUGUUUAUUGGAUUCCCGGGCGGUUUUAGUGUUCAAAAUAAAGGCACGACGUCAUUGUAUUGCCAAAGCUGACGAUUACAAACACAAUCGCUUUUAAUUAUUGAGAGAUAACCUUCGACAGCAAAUUAUUUCCAAGUGAUAAGCAAACAAAAAGGUAAAAAAUGAAAAUAAAUAAAAAUAAUGAUUGCGAAGGGAAAAUAUAUACUGACAGGAGUUUGUUGGCAAAAAUGUUUAUUUCCUGGUGUUGGCUAUCAUUUUUCUGUAUCUUUUGAAAGGAUACUUUACUUCAUACGAUUGUGUUUACAAAUCGUUUUAAUGGCCGUUUACUUGAAAGAUGUCAAGUGCGGAUAUCUCAUUGAAAUGGUUAGCUUUGGAACCUUUAUCUUACGCGCCAAGUUAAUGCACCAAAAAUAGUUCCACAGCCCACAAAACGUUUUUGGAAAGAAAGACUGGGCAUUAUUACUCUAUUACGUCAAAGCCAGAGUAAUCGUUAAGUGACGCAGCCAAAAACAACAAAGACAAAAAAAAUAAAAACAAAACUUACUAACUCUAAUAGCAUGGCUAUUUACAUUGAGAAUGCCUUUUUUUCCCUUAAAACGGUGGAUCACUCCUUUUGAAACUUGUGUACUAUGACACGAUUUAGGUCCAGGAAGAGGAAAAGAUAUAAAGAUUAUUUUGUUUUGAGAGUAGCAUAUCUUUUCUUAUCGUUCUUCCAUGGUUAGAAUUAGAAUGACAAACUUAUCGCAGCAAGUUUACAUGGAUUAGUUGACGUAUGAUAGCAGACAUUCCCUUCGGAUAGAUAACUUGAUUACGGGAAUUUUUUAAUCCAUGCUUAGACGCACGAGGGCUUAAUUCAGCAAUCAUUUUGAUUUCCGUUAAUCCAUGUUACAUAUUUCCUCUCUCGCUAACGUCACGCUAAUCAUGAUGAUCGAUUAUUAAAAAGCACGCAUUUUUAUAGUCAAGUAUUGGACAGGAUUCAAAAUCAAGCACAGACAGGCAAUAACCUUGUAACAUGAACUUCAUCUGUUCGACAAGAGCAAGAUUAAACUGAGACUAAUCAUAUGAUAACGGAUUCACUAAGAAGCCAUCUUAGCAAAAGGUUACAUAAUGUAGACAAGAGCAUUCUAUACGAGAGCGGUGUAUCGAAUGAUAGAUAGCAUUUUCUAUUUUUAGAGUUAUUAUCUAGAUAUCGUUUCUUAUGCUGCAGUGCUUGUAGUAAAUUGCAGCCGUGCACGGUGUAAAACGUCCUUCUUUCCCUGUGUAGCGACAAUGACUUACAAUCCGCUCUUUUGAGGGAAAGUUACCUCAUUAUUUUGAAGUUCAUGUCUAUAUUUACCUUAUGAUUAUUCUCGUGACAGGUAUUCUUCUAUAAUUCGCAUUAGUUACGACUAGAUUUUUUGAUCCCUUUAAGACUGGAGUUGAAUAUUUGCCCAUUUGUAGUUGUGCAUUUGAUAAAGAGAUGAAAGCUCUUCUCUUUACAUUACCCUUGCUCUCUGCUGCUGGUCUUGUUAUUUUCAAUGAAUGGGUGAGGUAGUCAGAAUCUUUCCCGGUAUCUGUCUAGGCAAACGAUUAACUGGUUGAAAUUCAGUUUUUAACGUUCAACAAUAUUAGAGUCCAAACGCUUUUGUUUUUAUCGUAAAUCAAGCUACAAGGUAUAAUUUAUAUUUACUCGUGUCAUCUUUGCCGGAAUAGUGUAUCUUGAGAUCCAGAUUUUUGGUUUUAGAUUUAUUCCGGCACAGGAAAUUCCGGUACAUUGAAAUUGUUCCUUCAUUCAACAAUAUGGGUCCAAACUCUUGUUUGUAUCAUAAACCAGGCAACAAAGUACAUUUUAUAUUUACUCGCGUCAUCUUUGAAUAGUGUAAGUUAAGUGUUUGUGAAGGCCCCCAACAAUAUUUCUUUCAAUGAGAAACCAACUUUUGGUUUUAAAUUUAUUCUGGUUUUAGAGGUACUUUUGGUGAAAAGAACACCAAGUAGGUGACUAAACAGAUGUCUGGCUCUUAACGAAGAAACUAAAUUUUAUGCGACCUAUUAAUCUAAUAGCUUAGUUUUUUAUUUGUCUCUAUAUUCGGUGUAGUGUUUGCCCUCGGAACACGUAGUCCUUUUCAACAGUUCAAUUCAUUUCAGAAUGUGAAACGUAAACGAGUGAGUCUCAUGCCUAAACCACUCCGCCCUGCCAUAAAAAUUGUACCAUUUUUAGCAAAUACUUUCUGAAGUGGGUAUAAAUUUCCCCUUUCAUAGGAAGGUAUAUUCAAACCACAAAUAUCAGUAGCAAAGUAUUGAUUUCUCAGCUCUGUUUUUUGCAAUUAACAACGGAAAUGGUUUCGUUACAAGAUGAGCAAUGGAAGCCGGUAUCAUUGUAGGAAUGGCUUUUCUUUAAUAAAGUACUCAUAAGCCUUUUGAAGCACCGAAUGGUGUGUCUGAAAACAGUGAGGUGGGCCAAGAGUACGUCUCCAUGUUCACAGUCGUUUUUAAACAUAACUUUAAAAAAACCUGUCACAGUUAUAACUUAAAAACUUUAAAAUCUAAGGAGGCAGAAAUGCAAAAACUGACAUGAUCGAAGCUGGUAUCACGUAACUGUAGGAGUGAAAGAAAAAAAUAAUUAGUGCACAGAUAUAAGCGAUAAUCAUCCAAGUGAAAGCUCUUGAAAGGAGGUAAUUUUCUAGUAAAAAAGUGUCCGUAGUAACCAUGUCCCUGCAUGUGGUCUUAAUUUUUUUAUUUCUGUGGUCGGAGAGUGGUUUAGUAUUUAGAGAUGAGACUAAGAUUUUUAUUCGUUGUUCUGACAAGUUGGAAUUGGUCCUAGCUAGUUGUUCGUUGUUGUUAUUGUUAUUUUUUGACUAAGCUUUAUCGAGCUGCGCGUUUUGCAUUUUUUAACUCCAGCAUCGUUUUUGAGUUCAUGUGGAGUCUGCCAGUCUAGACGGUUUAUUCCCCUCCUGGCAGUAGAGAACAAGGAGUUCUCAAAGGACAGAUACACACAUAUAUGCUAGCACGCAAAUUUCCGGAGUAGAGGUUACAAAAGAUAGCCGCGAAUCCUUUCAUCUCGGCACAAAUCUGCACGCGUUGACAUGCGGUUACUUUAUUUUCCUUCAAACUGGAAAGUUUGGCUUUUUUGCACGAAAACGCGAAGUCCGUAUCGGAAGUUUCACCUUUGGAUCGUGGGAAACAUUCUUAUUGGUGUUUCCCGGGUUUUCCUCAUGGUCAGUCACAUUAGGUUAAGUCUUAAAUAUCUUUCCCUCCCUUGGCCAAUAUAUAUUUUAGUAUAUUCGCGAAGAUAUUAAAGAUAUACUAAUUAAAAUGAUGUGUUUUAAUCUACAGAUACGCACUUGUAUUUGUACUUUAAAUAAGCGUCCAUGUAAUCAAUCACACUGGGCCAAAUUAUCACAAACGACACAGCCAUGUUUAACCGUAUUUUCAGAAAUUGCAAUUUAAUAAUGGAGCCCGGUUUUGUUUGUUUAUUUGUUGCUUUUCUAUUUUGUUUGAUGUAAUUUACCAUUUUCCCCAAGAGAUGCACCUACAACUUCUCCCCACUUAGUGAUAUCUAUACAAUUCCUUGAAGACGUUAUUCUUAUUGUCCCUUUUCCCUUUGCUGAUCAUUGUAUUAAUUCUCAUUAACGUUUUUUUGGUGUCUUGAUAUUACGUGGAGAAAAUUGAUGUUGAUCACUCUGUUAUGAUUAUGAUUAUCAUUAUUAUAUAAAUAUUUGCACCAUAUUAGCAUAUUAUUGGCAUAUUAGGGUAGUAGGUAAGUUUGUAUCUUUAAUUCUUAUAAAGAUAAUUAUCUUUCUUUCUUUAUAUUAUUCUUUAUAGGUAUGGUUUCAAAAUCGGAGGGCCAAGUGGAGGAAGCGCGAAAGAUUUGCACCAGUCCCAGUUCCUGCUCGGGCAAUGAGCAUGGCGCCUAUUUACGAGCGUCAUCCACAGGCCCCUUGGCCUCGUCCCUCUAAUAGUUGUAUGAAUCCGUCAGGACCUGGCGCUGGACCAUUACCUCAUCACAUGUCAGUUCCAAGCUAUACACCUGUCCUGCACGUGCAUCACCAGUUGCCACCAAACAGACAGUCACCAAGAUCACCAUCUCCUGAGUCCCCUCCGCAUUGCGUAAAAGUCAAUGCUAUGACAACGUCAACGAACGGAAUGAGGAGAUCACCUAUCGUGCAUCCGAAUGUCACUAUUUCACAGCAUGAUCCAACAAGGCAACUUUCACCUUGUGCGCAUGCUCCUCCACAACGCGCAUGUCACUCUCCCGGUGAGAGUUACCGCGGAUCAACUGGAUCCAUGACGCAGAAAACAUUUUGUGACGAACGUGAAGAGUCGUCACAGUGCUCUGGGCGGCAUACCACGAGCAUUGCGGCGCUAAGAAUGAAAGCGAAAGAGCACUCGGUGGUCGUUGAUAUGGCAAGAACACAUAAUGGACGAGCAGAUGUGUGA